UAUAAGAUGCAUUGUUUUGAGGUGAAAGAUUUGCACAUCAGAUCCAAACUCUCUCUCUGCUUCAUUAUUAUAUAGUAAUGGCUCCUUGGCUGAUUCAGAUCCUGAUUAUCUCUUCUCUUCAUCUCAUCUCUCCAUCAAGUCAACAAGAGACAAGGUUUGUCUAUGAAAACUUUAGCUCCCAAGAAAAUCUUUAUCUAGAUAAAUCUGCAAAAGUACUUCCCAGUGGAUUAUUACAGCUGACAAGCGCUUCAGACCACCAAAUCGGUCAUGCUUUCUACAAGAAACCAAUUCAGUUCAGUUCCUCUGGGCCAGUCUCCUUCUCGACGCAUUUUGUGUGUGCUAUGGUUCCUAGGAAAGGUAUUGAAGGUGGUCAUGGCAUUGCCUUCCUAGUAUCUCCUUCUAUGGAUUUCUCCCACGCACAAGCAAAAAGAUUCUUGGGGGCUUUCAACGCGUCAAUAAAUGGAUCUCAAGUUCUUGCUGUUGAGCUUGACACUCUUUGGAACCCUGAGUUCAAAGAUACUAAAAGCAAUCACGUGGGGAUCGAUGUGAACAAUCCUAUAUCUAUAGGAGUAGCUCCGGCGUCUUACUAUUCUGACAUAAAAAGGAAAAACGAAAGCAUAAACCUCUUGAGUGGAAAGCCUGUACAGGUUUGGGUGGAUUAUGACGGCACUAUGCUCAGUGUCUCGAUCGCACCACUUAAAGUCAAGAAGCCAAGUCGGCCUCUUUUGUCACAUCCCAUCAACCUCUCAGAGAUUUUUCCGAAUAGAACGAAACUGUUUGUUGGGUUCUCUGCAGCAACAGGGAACGCGGUGAGUGGUCACUAUAUUCUUUGGUGGAGUUUUAGCACAAGAAGAGGAUCACUGCAGCGACUUGAUAUCGAAAGACUUGUUGAAGUUCCUCAUUCUUCAGCUCCUCAUAAGAAGCUUCCUAUUAUUCUGCUAGUUUGUCUAACUUUUGUGGUUUUCUCUCUUCUUGCAUGAGUUUAUUUCCACAUAUGUGUUGAUAUGUCAAACAUGAGAAUAAAUAAUGGUAAUGAAUGAGAAUAUGUUACAAAAUUUUCAGUUACAAGACUUCCUUAUUCCUUACCAACUGUUGAAAUUGUCACGUCGCCAACAGAAGAGUUUUAGUCCAAUUUUAACAGCAUCAGCAGUUAGAGGUAAUUUCUGAGGUACAUAAUACAUUCAUCUCAGCAAACUGAGUUAGUUGCUCUCAAGAUUGUUGUGUAAUCUGCCUCACUUGUUCCAAUAUAAUCAGUUUGUCCCUUUGCAAAACGUUUAUCCACUUAAUGAUUGAUUAUAAACAUUUAGUUUAUUUUGCCCCUCUCUGUUUUACCAAGUACAGAAAUGAGAUUUCUCCUGAGGCAUUAUGAUUCCUCAACACGCUGGUCAGAUAUCAAAUGACUCUCUGUUAGAAACUGUUUUGUUUAAUGAGCCAGAACUGUGUGUGGUUAUGAAUCGGAAUAAUAAGUAUUUGUGGGAUUUGGGAAAGAGAUUGGGUGUUCUUGGAAUGUAUUGGAGAGAAAAUGUUAAACAACAUAUGAUGUGACGAUUUGAUAACUG